UCAGACAAAUCAUCAAUGCCCAGGAAGCUUCAGCAGACACACUCGAUUGCUCCCACCCACACACAUUUUACAGAAGUCAAAAGUUCCUUUUUCAUUUCACAGUUAAACAGCAGGCCUCGCUUAAUCCAUUUUAUCUGAGACGGCUGAAGGCCCUCGACGGUGGUGAAGGUCGACGCUCCCUGUGAGCGUUACAAUAAGAGAGACGGAGACUUUUUUUUUUUUUUUUCGUUGAGUGAGAGGAAAUUUUGAAACAUUGUGCAAUGGUGCCGCAAAAGUUUUGAAAGGUUGAGAGUGUUCUGCCAGCAAAGCGUCUUAGAGUCGGUCCAUUGGAGAAGAGGUCUCCAUGUUGCAUCCAUACAGAAUGGAGAGCUAUCUCAUCCCACCUCAUCCAGAAGAUAUGUAUGACCCAGAGAUCUACAGACCUCAAAUCACGGAAUAUUAUACUCCAUAUGUCCUUGAUACUGAUAUCCAGGCAGAUCAGUGGGACUACCACCCUCACCCUCACGUGCACCCAGCCGAAUUUGAAAACCUCCAAGAAGCCAACUUCACAGAACUGCAGAGCGUGCAGGCUCACCACCCGCCCGGCCUGAUACGUCACGACGCCAUAAGAUACGACCCAGAAGGCCUGCUUGAUCCAAAUCUUGGGGCACAUGCACAUGCACAUGUGUUACAGCAACAGGUUGCAUUCUUCCCUCGGACUGUGUAUCCGCCGCACGUGUCCCAGCGCAGCUCUGACGACGAAGACCACGGAGGACGCAGUCCCCCGCUGGAGGUGUCUGAUGAAGAGUGUCUGAGGGAUCGAGUUCCUUAUGUCAUACCAGGAGAGCUGGGAAAUAAAAAGAAGAUCCGUUUGUACCAGUUCCUGCUGGAUCUUUUAAGGAAUGGCGAUAUGAAGGACAGUAUCUGGUGGGUGGACAGAGACAAAGGGACAUUCCAGUUUUCCUCCAAACACAAAGAGGCUCUGGCUCACCGCUGGGGAAUCCAGAAGGGCAACCGCAAGAAAAUGACCUACCAGAAGAUGGCUCGAGCUCUGCGCAACUAUGGCAAAACCGGAGAGGUGAAAAAGAUCAAGAAGAAGCUCACGUACCAGUUCAGCGAUGAGAUCCUGGGGAGGGGGCACCAGGAGAGAAAAACAUACAUGUAGGAAGCAGGGAAAAGUCCGGGUGGGGUCAUUAGAAGUAGUCACUGGUCUUAGAUGCUUAAAUAACCUUGUUCUUCUGGAAAAAACUCUAGGAUUUUGUGAAUAGAACCAAUCCUGCUGUACAGAGGAAUCAAUCCCCUGAAAAUACUGGGUUAUGCAGCAUGAAACUGUGGAAUAGAAAGACAUAACAGAGACCACUUGCCUUAAGUAUCCGAUGUUCUGAUUUCCCUCAGAUUCAUCCUGAAAUAUUCAAAGCCUGAACUCUGACCCCUGCCCACUACUUCCAGGUGGUGGCAGCAGGCUGCUUCGUAGAGCAGCAGUCUCCAUGUGGUGGCCAAAGUUGUAACUGCAAGUCAUGUGACGCAAGGGUUCAGAGGGAAGGUUUUCCAUAGAGUCUUGUAAAGAAAUAUACAAUGAACAGCAUUAAAAGAAUGAAAAGAAUUACUGAGCAGCAUAAACUUUCAGCCAUUUUCUGAAUAUCAGUAUUGAAAUCAUUACACUCAGAUACAGUCAGUGAGUCUAUAAUAAUGAUAAUAAUAAUAAUAAACUUUAUGCACCUUUAAAAACCAAGUUUACAAAGUGCUUUAACCGCAAAUCAAAAAAGCUAAAACAAGAGAAUUAACAAUCGGCUUAUCGAAUAUUUGACAAAAAAGCCAGACAACAACGUUGAGGUAGUCGAAAGCAAAGUACUGUGUGUGUAAGACGAUGUCACAUAAAACUGUGAUCACAUGGUGACAAUUAAAAAAAAAAAGAUGAUAAAAAGGUGACGUCACAUUAAAGUAAGUCUAUAAAACUUUUAAGAA